AUGUCGCAGGAUGCGGGCUUUGGCUUUGGUUGCAGCGUCUGCUGUGUAUUUCAACAUCUUGUUUCGAAUGGCACAGUUUUGGGCAACGCCCCGAGACCCGUGCCCACGCCAGCCAGGCGCAGAUGUGAUGACUUCAAGGACAACUUCGCCGCCUUUGCUGUGACGCGUCGCUUGAAAUCGGUAUGGCUCAGACGACAUCAUGACAGCAAGAAGCAUCAGGAAGCAAUUCGGUUUCUAGAAGGGCACAUCACCGAGGACGACUUGUCGGUAGCUCCUUCCCUGCAAGACUUCGCUUCUGCCUUGAGCAACAUGAAGAAGGGCCAAUCUAUGCGGAAUGGUGGCGUGCCGAGUGACACUACAUCCUUGAUGCAAUGGUGCAUUUCAGAAAGCCUUCUACAGGUCUGGCGCAGCAAGCUGGCCAAGGCAACUACACUUUGCUUGGUGAGAGAUGAGAGGAAAGGAAAGCUUUUGAUCCGUUUCCGUGCUUGCGAUGGGUGCUUGGAAUUGUGCUCUGGUACGCUGGGUUGCGUUCGUAUGACUGGUGGUGGCGCAGAAGACAUAGUGACGGCGACUGCAAAAGCUCUUCGUAUCUUUUGCACUGAAAACUAUCUUCCGCCAAGGAUGGGGAAUCGCUUGAGUCAGCAGGGUGGCUUCGAUCGUAAGCUAUUCAAGCACUUACGCUCGAUCGUUCACAUUCUGACUACAGAUAGCCACCCCGCGGAACUUCUCGCCUCCAACAUCAUGAAGGGCAGCCGACGAAGCGCCGAUGAGCAACACAAUCGUGAGGCCUUUCUGCCCAACGUUGUCUUGGUAGGACGAGACGAAAUCUUCGACGACACCAUUCGGCUCAGCGCCUCCCCAGCGCAAAAGAUCUUCAACUCCCACAUUUUUUCGCGUUGGUUUGAAGAAGCUGUGCUGGAGCAAACGGGUGUUCCUCAAGUGACUAGCUUGUCUGCAGCGAAACAUCGCUUUGCAAGUUAUGCAAAACCCCUGGGCCGAAUCUUGCUUCAUUUGAAGAUUUUUUUCCGCUUGCUUCACAGGAUUGCUGGCAUGCGAGAUGACGCUGACUGGGCCCGAACAUGGUUGGCCAACAUCUCUUCUCACAAGCUUCUGCUUCUGGCGCUUGCAGCCGAUGGAGCCGACACUUUGAUGCAGCUUUGCCGUUUUUUGGAUACGGAAAGCACAGACCCAGCUGCCUUGAACCAAGAAAUUGGACACUUCUUGGAUGAAUUGCAUUUGCUUUUUCGCUUGGGAAAGGCCUGGGAAGUCGAAGGCUACGCAAAGCAUGUGCUUGGCAUUCUGAAGUCAGGUUCUUUGUACGCUUUGACAGCGGGACAAGGUCGGCUACUCGCUCUUCAACCAGGGGCGCAAGACAAGGCUUUGAAAGACUUCUUGCCGUGGUUAAAGCUAUGCGAAGCAACUGUGCGAGCAGAGUUUCCACACUUCGAGGUUUUCAAUUCCAUGAUGGUUUUCAAUUUGAACGACAAUGGCACCCAAGCACCAACAACUACCUCGCAGACUUCACAAUGCCUACGCCGUAUUGCCUUGGCUUUAGAUCUGGACCCAGGCGGGCUGAAACAUGAGUGGGAGGCACUGCGGCCUAUUGCCUUGUCGCAAAAGCGUACCUCGCAGAUGGACAACCGAGAUGCUUGGAAACUUGCCUUCAGCCAUACGCAAAAGAGUUCGGCAUUGAAGAAGAAGUAUCACUUGGACAACCUUCCAAAAGCACUUCAAGCUUACACAUGUCAGGUGUGGAGCAAAGCUUUAGCAAAGUUGACCGGUGCUUUGAUUCUGGACGCUUUGGACCGAAAUCGGCUGAUACAACGGUUGGCUGGCCCAGAAGACACAACUCCUUUGUCCGACAAAGCUUCCAAAGAGCUGGCUUUGCAGAAGAAGAGAAAAUUUGACAAAGCAGUCAUGGCUUCGCAGAACGGCUAUCUGUUGCCGGAAGACGAAGGUCCAGAACCAUUUGCAAAGGCGGCCGCUCAAAGAGAGGUACAAGCCCAACAAGACCAAAAGCGCAUCGAAGCUCAGGCGGCGCGAACUUCGAAUUGCAAGCGGCUUUGCGAGGCUCAACUUUGGAAUUGGAGGUCGCUGGGCGCUCGGAAGGCCUGGUGCUCUGGUUUGGCCCCUGACCGUGGCUUCUGUUAUCCUUUGCAGCUUGUCCAGGAUCCUCGGCAAGCGUCGGUCUUCAUUGCAGAUUCGGACGUCAUCUCCGAGAAGAUCUAUCUGCUGGCAAUGGCGCAAGGCGGCUGUGUGCUUUCCAAGGCGGUACUUCAUGGCAAGCCUGGUUUGAAGAUGGAGUAUCAAGGCCAAGUGUUUCGUCGACUUGGUCAACAGCAUGUUGGAGUCCAUUGUAGCAAAGCUUUUCGAGAUGAACAUCCGGCGUUCGUUAAAGUGUUGGCCUGGGUUCUACAAAAGGGUGGCUGGCGGAAGUUGAAAGAGACCAGCUUGGACAAAAAGAAAUCCAUUACUCUUCUUGCCCUUCAAGAUCCUGAUGCCAAACAACUGAAGAGCAAGUCUUGGAAGACUUUCGUCGACAAGUCCGCUUUUGCGCAGUACUUGACAGCAAAGUGUGAGGUGAAAGAGAAAUCCUUUCCAGUUGCGUCUGCACUUUAG